AUGGCGAAUGCCGUUCGCCGGUCCAUUUCCCGCGUCAACCGUCUCGAUCCGAGCUCUGCCGGUGCUCCGAAGACGCCCUCCACGACGCUAGUCCCUAACGACGGGGUCUACCUUAUGAACAUCUCGCUCGGGAACCCGCGCGUGACUGUACUGGGGAUCGCCGACACCGGGAGCGACCUCAUAUGGACGCAGUGCAAGCCGUGCGCGGAUUGCUUCAAGCAAGCGGCCCCGCUUUUCGAUCCUCGCAAGUCGUCCACGUACAAGGACAUACCGUGCCACACAUCGCUGUGCGGAGUGUUGGAUCAAACCGCCUGCUACGGACGACCAGGGCUGUGCACGUAUGCUUACAGUUAUGGCGAGAAAUCUUACACUGCGGGAACCCUAGCCACAGAGACCUUCACCAUCGGGUCCACCUCGGGCCGGCCGGUGAGCUUCCCCAAGGUGAUCUUCGGCUGUGGACACCGCAACAACGGGAACUUCGAUCCUCAUCAGAGCGGAAUCAUCGGGCUUGGGGGCGGCAGCGCCUCGCUCAUAUCCCAAAUGGGGAAGGCCACCGGCGGGAAGUUCUCCCAUUGCUUGGUCCCCCAUUCCUCGAAUCAUCAAGCCUCUAGCAAAUUGAACUUCGGGGCCAACGCCGUGGUCGCUGGCCCUGGCGUCGUCUCCACUCCUCUGAUCCAAAAGGACACAAAGACUUUCUACUACCUAACCCUAGAAGCGGUAAGUGUCGGCGAGACGAGGAUAGAAUACACCUCCGGCAACACUUCCACUUCCGUAGAAGGAAACAUCGUCAUCGACUCAGGCACGACCUUGACACUGCUGCCUCAAGAAUUCUACACCAAGAUUGAAGCCGCCGUGGUCAAGUCCGUGAAAUUACCCCGCGUCAGAGACCCGUCUCAUGUCUUUAACCUUUGUUACAAGGCCGAGAAAGAUACCAGGCUCGGCGCCCCCACCGUGACAUUCCAUUUUAAGGACGCAGACGUGAGGCUGAACCCAGCGAACUCCUUUUCUCGAAUCGCCGACGACAUCAUAUGCUUCGCGGUGCAGGCGACCCCAGUCCAGCGUAACAUCUACGGCAACUUGGCGCAGUCGAACUACUUGAUCGGAUACGACAUUCAGAAUAUGAAGUUGUCCUUCAAGCCCGUUGAUUGCACCUCGUACUGA